CUAGCAGCGCCCGGCCGUGCCCGCGCCGCCCGCACAACCCGUACCACACAGCACCACACCACACCGCUCCGCACCACACCACACCGCCCGCACCGCCCGCACCGCCCGUUCAGCCCCGUACAGCCCGUCACCGCUACCCACUAAGCUGGCCCAUCAAUUCUGGAUCUCCUACCACCCCCAUACUGGCGCAAAACACACCUCGAGCGGCGAUGAAACUCCACCCUUCCCUCAAGAAGACUUAGAAAAACAAAUCUUUAAACAUGAGGAGAGGCUCCAAAAAGAAAAAAAUAGUCAAGCUAGAGAAGACGAAGAGGUGCGGCAGCUAGACAAAAGUCUGUUGUACCAGCGCGCUAUCGGGGCCGAGGAAGAGCACAAACAAAAGAUAAAGUUAUCCAAAGCGCGCUCUCUGCACGAAGCGGACCUCGAUUCGCAGAAUCACAUAAGCCUUAGCAAAAAUAAUUCAAUGGAAACUUACGACGCCACCACCGAGGAUUCCAGCUUCGAAAACGACGAUAAAACAAAUAUACCAUCCACUAAACGCUUUUUACGCAAGAAUUUCCACUCAUAUUCAACUAAGAGCAGAAUGAGGCGGAACGAGACGCAAGGCAAAGAGGGCAGCCGAGAGGGCGUCAGCGUGCUCAUGUCUCGCAGCGAGUCCUCGAUGGGGCGGUGCACGCCGCACACGCCGCACACUCCGCACACGCCGCGGACGCCGCUGGGCCUACCGGACACCGUCAGCGUUGACUCCAAUCCAAUGCCCACAAUAUAUCGAUGCCGCGCCCCCAUUGCCUCACUGGAUUGUAUGGAUGAUUUUAGUUCCAAUUCACAGCAAAUGCUAGAUCAAGUUUUAGAAAUGUCAGAAUCCAGAAAGAUGACAACGUACAUGGCGAGCCACAGCCUGGCUAACCUGCCCUCGGCGGUGACGGCCGGGCUGCGGUACAGGAACCUCGGCAAGUCAGGCCUCCGCGUCCCCAACAUUGGCCUCGGAUUGUGGAGCAACAUCCACGAGGACACCACCGAGGACAUCGUCACUGCCGCGCUAGAGAACGGCAUCAACCUCUUUGAUUUGUCGGAAGCGCAUAACGCGAAAGGCGAGGCCGAAUUAGGAAGAAUCCUCAAGAAAAACAACGUGAGGAGGACCAGUGUCAUAAUAAUAACUAAAAUAUACUGGAGCACCAAUUCGGACGAGCGCGGCUUGUCGCGACGGCAUAUCAUCGAGAGCGUUAAGGCGUCCCUCAGCCGCCUCCAAACAGAAUACAUCGAUGUGGUUUUGUUGCACAAAGCGGACCCUGUCUGCCCAAUGUCAGAGCUAGUGAGAGCCAUGAAUCACGUUAUCAACCAAGGCUGGGUCAUGUACUGGGGCACCGCACGCUGGUCUCCCUCCGAGAUAAUGGAAGCGUACACCAACUGCAAGCACGCCAACUGCAUCACGCCCAUCGUAGAGCAGACCGAGUACAACAUGUUCUGCAGAGACAAGCCGGAGCUGCACAUGCCCGAGCUCUACCACAAGAUCGGCGUCGGCUUGAUGGUUUGGUCUGCCAUCACGACGGGCAGCCGGGUCGGGCGCGACGACUGCGCCGGCCUCUUCGCCAAGUCCAGGUUCAACCGCAAGUCUAGCACCUUCAGUUGGUGCGAAGAGAAUCUAGCUCUCACAGAACAUACAGCAAUGGGCAGUGCGGAAGGCAGGGAGCCAGCGGGCGAGGCCCCGCGCACCUACGGCGAGAAGUUGCGCGCCCUACACGACCUCGCCGACACUUUGAACUGCACGAUGAGCCAGCUGGCGGUGGCGUGGUGCCUCAAGAACGAGGCGGUCAACUGCGUGCUGCUUGGCGCCACCAGCGUCGAACAUUUCAAACACCACGUUCACGCUCUUCAGAUAGUGCCGCAGCUGACGCCGGCGGUGAUGACGCAGGUGGAGCGGCUGCUGGCCAACAAACCGCAGCGGCCUCCCAUGCUCUCCACGCUCGCCAUGCGCAGUCAGCAGGCCGGCAACACCGUCAGGAUUGACAUACCGGGCGGCGCGACCUCGACCGCUGGCUCGCCAAAGCCGGAGGGCGAUGCUGCAGUGGAUGGCGAGGCCUCCACCCCCGCCAAAGAAUCCGGCCGCUCCUUCUGCGACAUUCAGUGACCGUGGUGGCGCGGAAGCACCGAAUCUGCUUCCAAAUCUACUAAAUCUAAGGAAUCCCUCAAGGAUGCAAAACCUAAAUUCUUUUUGAACAACGCGGGAGAAGUCAUCAAAAGGACAGAGCAAGACGGAAUCUCAAGAGACGUGGUGGUGUCGGUGUCGUCUCUGAAAGGCAAGCAGCCAGCCUCGGGCGGUGACAAGGCGAAGAAGACCAAGUCGUCGGAGCCAUCGCGGGCGCGCUCCGCCUCCCUGCAGCGCUCGCCCUCGGGUCCACUGUGCGCGGCGCGCGACCGCCGACGCUCGCGGCUCGACCUCGGCUCCCCCGCCGCCACCACCGACAUCUAACACCACCACGCCCCACCUCUUCUCUGCUCUACUCUACUCCUCCCACAUUAUUAUUUAUACGACCAGACAUUCAUGCGCACGUCCAAUAAACAUUUACGAAUCUCCACCGCGGCUGCUUCUCAUGUAGCGUCUUCAGCGCCCGCGUGUGCAACACUUCUCACCAUACAAACACCUCGGGGUUGUUGCAUCUCCCUCGGCCACUAAACCUUAAACACACGGCCAAAUUGAAUAUAAUGUGUUGCACACUCGGAUCCUUUAAUGUUUCACGUAGAAGUAGGUUGUAGGAGAAGAAAACAAUCACAAUUGCUAAAGUCAGUCGUUGUAAGAUCUAAAUUAAAUAUGUAAAGCAUAAUUAAGUUGAGAGAGGACAGCGACAGAGAGCAGUCUCACUAUCACAUGUCUGGACGUAUAUCUAAUGAUCAUAUGUAAGUAUUAGAUGUUUAAUUGUACCUAACUGUAUAGAUAGAGUAACGAAUGCUGACUUGACUGGCCACAGAAUGCCGGAACAGAGUAAAUAACUAACUUAACAACUAACCUGUAUCCACACUUUGAUACUUGGCUUCCAUUCAUACUGAUAAUAGUGAAACAAGCUAAUCCUUUACUCAUUUCAAAUUGAUCAAUCUAUAAUCCAAAUAUAUUCUUAUGUUACCGUUGACAAAAAAAUAAAAUUUUUAAAUCACAAGAAGAAAGAGAAACAGCAUAUCUAGGUGCGUACAUUUAGGUAUGGUCAGAGCAACGCUUGCUAAUGGAUCUGUCCUCGUUGUCGCCGCCGUAAGCUGACAAUUACAUGGCAAAACGAUAACACAUUCUUACCACUACACAUUCGGAUGUUU